UAUCAAUAUUGCUAGAAAGCUCCAACCCCCGCAACAUUAUUUCUCUGUAUACACAUCUUUCGUUAUCCUACUCAUGAGGGCGCCACUACGCCAUCUGGAGCCCCCAUUCUCCUAAGUACACUUUUACAACUCGAGCGCGCUCUCAUACAAACAAACUUCAAACGGAGAGCCAUGUUCAGUCUCAGCUCCCUCGUGAAAUCCGCGCAGACCCUCAUCGAUCCAACCCAAGCCCUCAACCUAUCGUCUUCUGAUCGGAAUCCCGCAAAAUCUACUCUCUUCCGCAGCCAAUUCCGCCUUCCUGACUCCGAGAACCCUCUCCAGGAGAUCACCGCUGAGCUUACCGUCAGCCCCGCCGUCCAGUAUGCCGCAAACGUUACACAGCGCGAGAAAGAUAAGGAUAGGGAUCGCGGAUACCACUAUGCAGGCAAGCUCCAUCUGAGCGAGAGUUACCUCUGCUUCUCGACCCAGCCGACAAGCUUCCUCCAGACGGCGAGCACAACCACAAGCUCGGGGUUUAAUGGGCAAACACACGGGGCUGGGCCUGGAGGGAACGGAUUUACCCUGCCGCUGUGCGCGAUUCGGAGGGUGGAAAGACUGCAUAGCCAGAGCUACCAGUUUGCCCUUGCUAUCACGACCUGGAAUGGAAUGGGCAGCGCUGCCUCGAAAGACUCGUCGAAAGCUUCACCUUCGCUACAAAAGAUUACAGUACAAUUGGCCGGAAGUCGUCAACAAUGCGAGCGGUUUUGCGACGGUUUAAAGAAGGGGCUCAAGGGUGCGAUCGGCGAGGUGGGAAAGCUGAAGAAGGUGGUCGCAGAGUGUUAUUCGGAGUUUCUCCUCAGGCCCUACCCACAGAAGGAGGACCCAGCACCCGAUGCAGGUCUGGGCAUGAACGCAGAAUUCAAAUAUCCGGGUGAUGCGAGGAAAUUAAGGGAUAGGAGUAAGAUGAGACUGUGGGCAGAGUACCUGAGGGAGAACGGGAGGAACGUCACAUUAAUACGACAACCUACAUUCCAUAAACUUGUGAGGGUGGGCUUGCCGAAUAGGCUAAGGGGAGAAAUAUGGGAAUUGACAAGUGGGAGUUUAUAUCUGCGCCUACAGUCGCCAAAUCUGUUUGAGGAUACGUUAUCGAAAUUUGAAGGCAGGGAAUCCCUGGCCAUCGAUGAGAUCGAGAAGGAUCUGAACCGAAGCUUACCAGAAUACCCUGGAUUCCAAAGCGAACAGGGUAUCGAACGCUUACGAAGAGUUCUGACGGCCUACAGUUGGAUCGAUGAGGAGGUUGGGUACUGCCAGGCGAUGAACAUCGUGGUUGCAGCUCUUCUGAUUUAUAUGUCGGACGCGCAGGCGUUUUACUUACUUUCGGUCCUGUGUGACAGGUUACUUCCUGGAUACUACUCAACAACGAUGUACGGCACACUCCUUGAUCAAAGGGUCUUUGAAUCGCUUGUCGAAAAGACGAUGCCUAUCCUUUGGGACCACCUCGUGAAGGCAGACGUACAGCUUUCCGUUGUUUCACUUCCAUGGUUUCUAUCAUUAUAUAUCAACUCAAUGCCUUUGGUAUUCGCUUUCCGGGUCCUUGAUGUCUUCUUCCUGGAGGGCCCCAAGGUGCUGUUUCAGGUUGGAUUGGCUAUUUUACGAAUCAACGGCGAGGAGCUUCUCGACGCCACGGAUGAUGGAGCCUUUAUCUCCGUGCUAAAGACGUAUUUUGCAACACUGGACGAAUCGGCACAUCCAAAGUCGGAAAACCCCAAGCUUCGAGCCGUCACGCGCUUCCAGGAGCUGAUGGUUGUUGCGUUUAAAGAGUUCUCAGCGAUUACCCAGACGACCAUCACCGACGAGAGAAUGCAGCAUAAGGAUACCGUUCUAAACAACAUAGAAAACUUUGCUAAGCGGACUUCGAUUCGCAAUCUCGGUCCUGAUAGUAAGCGCCUGAGCGUGGAGGAGCUUGGUGCUUUAUACGAUAGAUUUUACGGCAUCCUAUAUGAGCGACAACAGCGUGCACAGAUGAUACAAGAGGAAGUAGAGAGACGCGCCAGGGCGCUGAAGAGUAAGACGUCGGAAGUAGUGUUCAGCGACAGACAGAGCAUUGAGAAGGGCCGUGUUGGUUUGGGCCCGAGUCCAACCCUGAUGGACUACGAUGGCUUCCGAGAGUUCCUUGCUGGGAUAUGUCGAUGGGCGGUGUCGGACGCGCCAACACCACCCGAGAAGGACACACCCAGAGAGCAAUCAUAUUUUGGCAGCAUAAGGCGUAGAGAGAAUUCUCUUUCGCCAUGGGGCGCUGGAAAUCCUGUCCCGGCCGAUCACGAGUUUAUGCAGAGGUUAUUUAGGCGAUGGGAUGUGGAUAUGAACUCAGCCCUAACAUUAUCGAAUGUUGUUACGGGCCUUGCACAUAUAAAGGGGACGCGUGAUAUUAUGGGUAGCAUCACAUAUUUCUUUGAGCUUUACGAUGACGACGGUGAUGGAAAGGUCGACCGAGAAGGGAUUUUAAGGAUAUCAGAAGCUUUGCUCUUCCUCUCGAGACGUGGUUUGGAAGGCUCAUUGUCGCCUUCCGAGACAUCUGGCUCAACUCCGUUAGAUGGGCCUCACGGAACAUCUAACGAACGAUUCUUGGGCAGUGUAAGUGCAUUUAUCAGGAGGUGCUUCGAGUACGCCGACCCAGAUCAUCCUCAGAACCGACAAGAAGUCGCCGAGGAGACUGACGAUGACAUGCCACAACCUGAUUCUUUUGGCAUAGGGGACGACUCUGACGAAGAGGAGGACCUCCUCGAUUUAAGCCCCCCCGAGAAUGGCAUGAGCAAGAAACUCCCCAAAACACCUAGCAACAAGCGCAGCUCCCAACGAUCAGUGUCUAAGCAAUCCGAGGCCGCGAACGCAGCCCUCGACCCAUCCAACCCUCUCCACAUCACUCUCCCCACUUUCCGCAUGGUAGUCCUCGCCGACGAGCUACUUGAGCAGUUCUUCGAGUCCUCCUUCCCAGCUUCAUUCCACACCCUCGACUCCGCCAAUGAUGCCGUCGUCACACGCUCCUCGAGCCUAACCACCUUCGCGAACCUCGGCUUCGCGCGCGCCCCUAGCAUCGUACCGGGUGUGGGCGGCUCGGGAUCAGCUGGUGCGGUGCCGCCUGGAAAGGGGCUCCGAGGCGUGCUGGACAAUAUCGUGACGGAUGGUAUGAGGGUCGCUGCGGAGGUGCGGCGCAGAGUCGACGAGGCGCAGAAGGAUAUCGAGAAGAAUGCUCUGCAGCGCGAUGAGGACGAAGAUGAAGAUGAGGUCGAGGACUACAGCAAGCCGAGCCCAAGCGCGUAUGCGAGAGAUGCGGAUCGGAGGUCUGUGAGGUCUGAGGAUCGCGAUUUGUUAGAAGGUGCGGAUGCGGAGGCGGGGAGUAGCAAGGGGGGCGGUGUUGGGGAGGUGUCGAUGGAUGACUUGAAGGUUCCAACUAGUGCUUCGCGCUCUAGGAGCGCGAGCACGGCCUCAGGAAAGAGUCGGGUGGUGGAGUUUGAGCAGUGAGUUUUGUUAGCGGGUGCAUGUUGAUUUGGGAUGGCGAUCUGAGACUGCGGGGCAUGAUGACGUAUGGGCUGGCGUAGAGAAUGGCGUUUUUUUACUGUGUGAGUAGAGUAUGAAGGACGGCGAUUAGGUAUAGAACCAUGUAACUCAAAUACCAGCUUUCAGCAAAACCAG